GCCCGCCGCCCGCCGCGGCCCCGGAGGCCCGGCCCGGAGCCGCGAGCCCCGGCGCCGCCAGCCCGGCUCCCGAUCUCCCCUUUCUUUCUCCUCGCCGCCCCGGUGCGCCGGCCCGGGAGCAGGAACACGGAUAUUUUCAACAGGAAAGUCGACAGCCCCAUAAGCGCCGAGUCUGCGCAGCAGGCGGCCGAAUGCGUGUCUUUUUUGCCCUAAAUGAAAUGUGCGUUCUUCUAAAUUUAGCGCCAUCGCGUUUGAACAAUUGCGGCCUCGCGGAGCUAUUCCUGGUGUUUUCUCCGGGGCUGCGUGCACAUCCAAGUUCAAGGCCGCCUGCUGUAGUUUCACGGCGCACGCCCUCGGAGACCUUUGAUAAGGCUGUAUUUUUAGGAAGGCAUUUCGCUGCGCCUCCCUCUAGCUGGAGGACACUUGGGGAGCCGCCGGCCCCCGGCCCCGGCGUUCGUAAAUACCACCAGCUAAGGAGGUCAGAAGUGUGUGUUUCCCGUCGUGUGCUCGCCCCCCCGGCCGGAUGUGAUUUAUGGGGAACAGAUAUAGAUCACCCAGAAGUCUCUCGGCGUCCCCCAGGCGAGCCCCCACCCCCACCCCCCGACCGACGGACCCCCCGGGAACACGAGGACGGCGCUGGAUGGCUUUUAAGCCCCCGUCUCCAGGGAGCCUGAGCACACUGGGGGAGUAACCGCCGCGUGCCGACGGUGAGGCAGCCUUGGAUGCAGCUAAGGACAAUGCAGACCAUCAAGAAGGAGCAGGCAUCCCUGGACCCCAGCGGCCCCGGGGACAAGAUGAUGGCGCUUCACCCCGCCACGCUGACCGAAGUGCCUUCGGAGGAGUUGGCCGCCGGCGAGGAGCUGCUGCUGGGCGAAGGCAGCGUGGGCAAGAGCAAGUCGUCGGCGUGCCGGCGGAAGCGCGAGUUUAUUCCCGACGACAAGAAGGAUGCCAUGUACUGGGAGAAGAGGCGCAAGAACAACGAGGCGGCCAAGAGGUCCCGCGAGAAGCGGCGGCUCAACGACCUGGUCUUGGAGAACAAGCUCAUCGCGCUGGGCGAGGAGAACGCCACGCUGAAGGCCGAGCUGCUGUCGCUGAAGCUCAAGUUCGGCCUCAUCAGCGCCGCGGCGUACGCGCAGGAGAUCCAGAAGCUGAGCAGUUCCAGCGCCGUGUAUUUUCAGGAGUACGCGGCCGCCAAGGCCGGCGCGAGCGCCUUUGCAGAGGAGCAGGACCCCGCGGGGGCAGCGGCGGCGGCGGCGGCGGCGGCAGCAGGUGCAGGCAGCUGCAUCUCGGUCAUCAAACACUCCCCGCAGAGCUCGCUGUCCGACCUGUCGGAGGCGUCCCCCGGGGAGCACACGCAGGGCAGCCCCGCGCCGCAGGACAAGUUCCAGGCCAUCAAGCAAGAGCCCGUGGAACUCGAAAGCUACGCCCGUGAGCCCCGGGACGACCGGGGCCCCUACGCCGUGUCCAUCUUCCAGAACUACAUGGGGGGCUCGUUCCCCGGCUACUCCCCUCCGCUGCUGCAGGCCAACCGCUCCUCUAGUAACUCCCCGCGGACGUCCGAGACCGACGACGGCGUGGUGGGGAAGGCGUCCGACGGCGAGGACGAGCAGCAGGUGCCCAAGGGCCCCAUCCACUCCCCGGUGGAGCUCCCGCGAGUGCACGCGGCCAUGGUCAAGGUCCCCGAGGUGAACUCCGCGCUGCCACACAAGCUGCGCAUCAAAGCCAAAGCCAUGCAGAUCAAAGUGGAAGCCUUGGACAACGACUUCGAGGCCGCGCACAAACUGUCCUCACCCGUGGACGUGGCACCCAGAAGACACUUGGACCUGGACAAGCACGCGGCCCCGGGCGUGGUGCAUUCCUCCGCUCUCACUCCUUUCUCGGUGCAGGUGACAAACAUCCAGGAUUGGUCUCUCAAAGCCGAGCACUGGCACCCGAAAGAACUGAGCGGCAAAACCCAGAACGGUUUCAAGACAGAAGUGGUGGAAAUUAAAGACGAUGGCUAUAAGGUCUCGGACCCAGAGAAUUUGUACCUGAAGCAGGGCAUAGCAAACUUAUCCGCAGAGGUUGUCUCGCUCAAGAGACUUAUAGCGGCACAGCCCAUCUCGGCUUCGGACUCUCGGUAAGCGGCUGCCAAGGAGGAGCGGGGCGCCGCGGGGGCAACCUCGCGGCAGUAGCCCCGUACGUUUUUGUAUUAUGCCGAGUCUCCACUGGACCUGUGAUGUCAUUUCACUGUAACGUGCACAUGUUGUCUGUCUGGUGUCUCUUCUGUGCACACACCAUGAUGAAGAUUAGAUUGUGUUCCCGCUCUGCCUUGUGUAUAGACGGUCCAUACAAAGGCUGUAUAUAUUGAACAUUAUUUUUGUUGUUCUGUUAUAAAGCGUGGAAGUUACCGGUUUCAAUAAAGGAUUGGUGACAAACACAAAA